GUGGGCAGGUGCAUUUAGAGUUACUGAGACUUCAGCACAUAUCUUUCUUGGUUCAAAUAAAAUGUUUGUACAUUUUGUUCUAGAGUGCACUUUGCCUAUAAUCAGUGAAACAUGUAAAACUGAAAAACAAAUACUUGAUUUCAGGGACUUCAUAUUAAAACUUACUAUAGUCUUUUUCUGUAUGUGUUGUAAAGUUUUUCAGAUAAGUGUACACAGUUUUGCAUUCCUGCCCCAGUUAAGGUAGGCCUCAGAUGAAUUCCACCACCCUUGGAAAUCUUGUAUGUCUCUGAUAUCUUUUUUCCCCCCAUCAGUACUGACAAUGGGAGACGCUGAAAAGGGCAAGAAGAUCUUUGUUCAGAAAUGUGCACAAUGUCAUACAGUUGAAAAAGGAGGCAAGCACAAGACUGGGCCGAAUCUGCAUGGGUUAAUCGGCCGAAAGACUGGUCAAUCUGAAGGCUUUUCCUACACAGAAGCCAACAAAAGCAAAGGAAUAAUCUGGGGGGAAGAUACGCUGAUGGAGUACUUGGAAAACCCAAAGAAGUAUAUUCCAGGGACUAAGAUGAUCUUUGCUGGCAUUAAGAAGAAGGGGGAAAGGGCAGAUCUAAUAGCAUACCUUAAGGAAGCCACUGCUAAGUAGAGUAAUGGUUAUCUGCUGCCUUAUUUAUUUCACUAAAAAAAUGGAAAUGACUCUCUGUGAUGAGAUUGGUUUUUAAACUUUCUAUUUUUACAUACAUGGUAUCUGCUAAAUCUUUCUCGUCAGCCAGAGAGAGAGCUUUGAUCGUGGAUGAUUUAUUCAAACAUAUGUACUUGUGUCAUAAUGUAUAGAAAUGUGUAAUUGGGCUUGAAUGAGUACAGUCAGGAUGGCUGUCUGAAAUGUAUCAUGAAAUUAAAAAGAAACCCUCAAUGUU